UGUGUGUGUGCCUUACAGGGGAUCUGGCCUCUGGGAAGGUGUCUGGACUCAAGGACCAUGUCCUGCCCACCAGUCCCCCAGAGCCCCACCUACUACGAACAUUAAGACGAAAGCCUUUCCUGGCCCUGUCCUGCUGCACUUUCUGCCUUGUGUUCCACUCUACCACCUUCAGAUCUGAUCAAAAGGCCUGUCCUCCCUGUUGAGUGACUCAGAGGAAAAUAAGAAAAAAUAGUGUCCAGUAUCCAGACAUUUAAACAACUCUUCCGUGCCUCAGGCCUCUUCACUCACCCGGGAAGUCCAAGGAUUCAAGUCUCCAUCCCUGUACAGGCACAUGGCGGGCAGAGAGCAGAGCGUGGUAUCCUAGAUGCUGCCUGUUCCUGUGAUGCUGAAGACUCUCCUCCCUGUGCACUGCAGAGAAGACUCGAAUUUCCAGAGCUUUUCAGCAGAGGAAGAUGCUCGCUGAACAUUCCGAACCAUGGAGAUGUGUACCUGACACCUUUCAGGCUUUGCCUGUGUCCUUUUGUCUGUGAGUGAAAACCCAGAGAAAGAUACCUGGCAACUGAGUCACUGACCAUGCAGCCACUGGAAUCAGUGAUAUUUGAAGAUGUAGCUGUUGACUUCACCCAGGAAGAGUGGGCCCUGCUGGACAUACACCAGAGAAAGCUGUACAGAGAUGUGAUGCUAGAGAAUAUCAGUCACCUGGUUUCCCUGGGGUAUUGGAUCUGCAAAUCAGAUGUGACUUUUCAGCUAGAGCAAGGAGAAGAGCUAUGGAGUGAAGGGACUGGGUUUCUCCAAGGCCAGAGUGCAGGCAGGGAAAGUGCCGUUCAAAAUGAAGAAGUGAUAGCCACACAACAUAUCAGUGGAAAGGACACAUUUACAAUCAUGCAAUUGCAGAAAUUUCACACUCAAGAGGAUCCCUGUGAAUAUAAUGAUUUGGGAGAUUUCACUCAUAGCUCCACAGUGACUCAACAUGUGUUAACUCAUAUGGAAAAGAAACCCUGUAUCAGCAAACAAUAUCAAAAAUCCUUUAGUGACCAGUCAUAUGUUAAUCAACAUAAGAAACUUUACACCAGACUUAAAUCAUAUGAGUGCCAUCUAUGUGGGAAAACCUUCAGUAAUUGCUCUAGCCUUAGAAGACAUGAGAUGACUCACACUGGAGAGAAACCGUACGAAUGCCACAUCUGUGGGAAUGCCUUUAUUCAGAGCUCUGACCUUAGAAAACAUAGUCUCACUCAUACCGGAGAGAAACCUUAUGAAUGUCAUAUAUGUGGGAAAGCCUUCAGUCAGUCGUCUAACCUCAGACAGCACCAAAGGACACACACUGGAGAACAACCGUAUGAGUGCUGUCAGUGUGGGAAAGCCUUCAGUAAAUGUUCUGCCCUGAGACGACAUGAGAGAACUCACACAGGAGAGAAACCUUAUGGAUGUCAUCUGUGUGGGAAAGCCUUCAGUCAGUGUUCUGCCCUUAGACGACAUGAAGGAACCCACAAUGGAGAUAAAAUUUUGAAUGCCUUCAGUAAAUAUCCUGACCUGAGAUGACAUGGUAUUAUAAGUAAUGAAUAUAGAAGAAAACUCAAUCAUAGUUUUAACAUUAAAAAACAGCAAGGACUCGCACAUUAAGGAAACACUGUCUGUGAUCAAUGUGGAAGGUCCUGCAGUCAUCCUUAUUCAUCUUCCAUAUGCAAAUGUAGAUGGAAGAUAAUCCAGUUGUAUGGAAUCUCUCUGGCAAAACCUUCAGCCACUCGUCUGACCAUAGGUGACAUGGGAGAACUCACACUGGAAGUAUAAAGAAUGCAGAAGUCUGUAGCAACAGCUCUCAGCUUCAUACUAGAAAAUUCACACAGGGGAGAACCCCUCAGUCUGCAGUCACUGGGAAUGCUUUCAUUUAUAAUUCAUGGUAAACAAUGUGAGCAAACCCCACUUGGGAGAACCCCUAGGUCUGUAAUUGCUAUGAACAUUUAUUCAGCCAAGCUCCAAGCAUGGUGUGCACAAGAAAACUCAGUGAUGAAAUAACCACUAGACCAGUAUUUAGGAGACUAAAACCUCUUGAGGAAUACCAAUAAGUUUUCCUUGGGAAAUGAUUCGGUGAAAAGUUAUGGGAAGUCCUUUCGUUAUUCAGAGAGGAAUGCUGUGGCUCAUAUGAGAAUUUGGAGAAUAGAAAACACGUUCUGUGUCAUGAAAGGACAGAGAUCACUCCUUUAUAGUCAGCACUACAGUCCUCAUGUUUAGGGGACAGCAGUCCUAUACUCAAAGUGGAGAAAGCUUCUGCUGGAUUUCAUACCUGAAAAUUCAGUCUAGGGAAAAAAAUAAACCCUCUAGGGGUUUAUUUAACAUACUACUUAGCACAUGAUUCAUAAUUUUGAGGGGGGAAAAAACUAUUCCUGGGGAAAAUAUGUCAUAUAAAUGCAAGAUAGGGUAAACUGAGACUAUUAAAUGCAAAAUUUUGUAAGAAAUUAGAUUAAACUUUUUCAAUAGAUUAUUGCUAUUAAACAAUAAACUGUUGCUGAAAAA